GGCGGUGGUACGGAGGAGAGAGGAGGGCAGCCCGUCACGGUUUUAACGCACAUUUUGAUGCUAAAUGAAGGAACCGGUCGUGUGAACAUGUAGGUCCACCGCGCUGGUUGUGUUUGAAGUUACUUUUGACCGGUACCGGACGCGCUGGGUCGCGGUUCUGCCAUGUGGCGGGCUGAAGUGGACUUUUAACUGUCGGGAAUCAGGGCGCCUCUAACUUCGGAAACCGCCGUAAAGACUAAUUGACGUGUUCGGAAACAUUCGGACGAACUCAGUCCGAGUCUGUUUGGUCCACUUUGAGAAGUUGUGGCUCCUGUCCAGCGGUAGGUUUCACCAUGACAGAGCGGACUCCUCUCCUCCACUACCGCCUCUCCACCAGCGUCAAUGAGUCCGAGCUGCGGGCUCCACCGGCCGGCCAGGCCCCGGAGCAGCACCCGGGCAGCCCCAGGCGGCGGUCCGGCCAGCAGCGGCAGCCCAAGAAGCUGUCGGUCUUCUUCGGCGUGGUGAUCCCCACCCUGCUGUCCAUGUUCAGCGUGGUGUUGUUUCUGAGGAUAGGAUUUGUGGUGGGACACUCCGGACUGUACCAAGCUAUCGCCAUGUUCCUGGUGGCCUACUUCAUCAUCUGCAUGACUGUGCUGUCGGUGUGCGCCAUCUCCACCAACGGAGCCCUGGAUGCCGGGGGAGCCUACUACAUGAUCAGCCGAGCGUUGGGUCCAGAGUUUGGCGGCAGCAUCGGCAUCAUGUUCUUCCUGGCCAACGUGUGCGGCAGCGCUCUCUAUGUGCUCGGCCUGGUUGAAGCUAUUGUGACCACAUUUGGAGUCCCUGAAGAUGGGACUCUGGCCACUUCUCCCUACCAGGUCCUGCCUUCGGGCUACUGGUGGUCCCUGCUUUACGGCACCGGCGUCGCCCUGCUCUGCCUGCUGGUGUGCCUGGUGGGAGCCCACAUCUACGCCAAGGCCACCUUCCUCAUCUUCGUGGUGGUCAUGUUUGUCCUGGGCACCAUCUUCGUCAGCUUCUUCGCCGUACACCCUCGAACCAUCGUGCUGCCGCGCCCCGCCUCGUUCAACCCGACGCCCAAUGGGACCGGCCCUUCGUUUCCCAACACGGCCAAUUUUACCGGCUUCAAGCUGGACACGCUGCUCGGGAACCUGUGGGCCAAGUACACUGAAGAUUACACAACAGGAAACAUGAUGACCUUUACCACCGUGUUCGCGGUGAUGUUCAACGGCUGCACCGGCAUCAUGGCAGGUUCUAACAUGUCAGGCGACCUGAAGAAUCCCAGCUACUCCAUCCCCCGUGGCACCAUCACAGCCGUCAUCUUCACCUUCAUCAUCUACAACCUGCUGUGUGUGCUGGUGGCCUGCUCCUGUGACCGCAUCCUGCUUCAGAGGGAUUACAGUUUCCUGAGAGACAUCAACAUCUGGAACCCCUUCGUCACCAUCGGGGUUUAUUCCUCGACGCUGUCCGCUGCCAUGAGCAACCUCAUCGGAGCCUCGCGCAUCCUCUACGCCCUGGCCAGGGACGACUUGUUCGGUAAGGUGUUGUCUCCGGCUAAGAAGACGUCCCACAGCGGCAACCCCUGGGUCUCGGUGCUCAUCUCCUGGUUCCUCGUGCAGCUGGUGCUAUUUUCAGGAAAGCUCAACACCAUCGCCAGUAUUGUGACCAUUUUCUUCCUGCUGGUGUAUGCUGCCGUGGACUUGGCUUGCCUCGCCCUAGAAUGGGCCUCUGCACCUAAUUUCAGGCCCACCUUUCGCUACUUCACCUGGCAUACCUGCGUGCUGGGUAUCAUUGGCUGCGCCGUCAUGAUGUUCCUAAUCAACGCCAUCUACGCCUCGGCCAGCAUCGCCUUCAUGCUGCUGCUGCUUCUGCUGAUUCACUACCUCAGUCCCACCUCCAGCUGGGGCUACAUCAGCCAGGCUCUCAUUUUCCACCAGGUGCGUAAGUACUUGCUGAUGCUGGACGUGAGGAAGGACCACGUGAAGUUCUGGAGGCCUCAGGUCCUGCUGAUGGUUUCCAACCCUCGCAGCAGCGUUGGCCUCAUCACCUUCAUCAACGACAUCAAGAAGAGCGGCCUGUACGUGCUGGGACACGUCCAGCUGGGAGACCUCAACACUUUACCAUCCGACCCUCUGCAGUCCCAGUAUGACUCCUGGCUGUCCCUGGUGGAUCAUCUAAACAUCAAGGCCUUUGUCAACCUGACGCUGGCGGACUCUGUUCGUCACGGCGUCCAGCAUCUGCUCUUUAUCUCGGGACUAGGGGGAAUGCGUCCCAACACCCUCGUCCUGGGUUUCUAUGACGACGGUCUUCCAAAGGACAAGCUGAUUGAUCCGUCCCUGUCCACCAGUCAGUCUGCAGAUCCCCCGGGCCCCGGCCAGGAGCUGGAGCAGCCUCCUCUCUUCCACUUCGCCUCCCUGCGGGGGUCCAGUGACAGACCGGAUUUCGGUGAAUUUGGGGACGGGAAGGUCCUCGGCCCUCAAGAGUACGUGGCGAUCAUCGCCGACGCCAUGAAGAUGCUGAAGAACGUGGUUCUGGCUCGACACUUCAACAACUUUGACCGAGCCCAGGCCCUGGCGCCGCCCUCCUCCUCUCCGGGGAAGGGAGCCGUGUACGUGGACGUGUGGCCGGUCAACCUCCUGCGCCCAGACAGCUGCAGCUACGUGGACACCUGCUCCCUGUUCCUGCUGCAGCUGGCGUGCAUCCUCAACAUGGUGAGAGCCUGGCGCAAGGCCACGCUGCGCCUCUUCCUGUGCGUGGAGCAGGGACGCAGCGUGAGGGGCUCGGAGGAGAAGCUGGGCCAGCUGCUCAAAGAGCUGAGGAUCAAAGCUCAGAUCCACACCGUGCCCUGGGACCAGCAGGUGGCGCUACACUGGCAGCGGCAGAACGACUGGGGCAAGAAGCAGCGCUCGCAAUCCCCGGACGGCGGAACAGAGGAGAAGCGAGCCGACGAGGAAGAGGAGAACGAAGACGAUUACGUCAACAGCUUCCCGAGCAACGCCACGCGCCUGUCCGACGACUACCUGUCGGCCGUCAACCAGCUGAUCCUGGAUCAGGCCCGACCCCCGCCUGCUGUGCGUUUCCUGUACUUGCCGCGACCUCCAGCCGACACCCGCCGCUACAGCGCCUAUUUACGCCAGCUGGAGCUGCUGACUCAGGAUCUGGGCCCCACGCUGCUCAUCCACGGUGUCACGCCCGUCAUCACCACCGACCUGUGAGCGCUCUCCGUCCUCACAGUGGGAAGUGCCUUGGAUGCAGAGAGCUGUCAGCGCUUCAGUGUCCAGCGACGUCUGUCCUCAACAGCAGAACGGGGAAACCCUUUAGAUCAUUCACUGCUCGCUCAUGAACACCAUCUGCACCGCCUCGCACAACAGCGUCUCCAGAGGCGCAGCCUGUUUUAGAAUAUUUAAGAUGCAGACCACACAUCGUGCAGCACAUGUUGGCCCUAACCCUAACCCAUGUAGGUUACCACAUGACUGUCUACAUAUUUCACCCUUUCUUUAUUUUAUCUGCGUUCUCUACCUGCUCUUCUGGUUUUCCCAUCAAGCAGGAAGACACUAUGAUUUUUUUCGAUAACCUUGUGGCAGUUUCAGCACAACACAAUCAGACUGUGAUUGAACGAACCAAAAUACAUUUAGCAGGAGUAGAAACUGUGACUGAACGCUGAACCUGUGGAGCCAGCCAGCCAAUCAGAACCCCCGUCAGACAGCACAUGGGUUCGUUUGUCCCGGUGUCACACAAACGUUUCUUAGUCGUAGCAUUCCUUCGUGCUUCCCUGGUUCUGCUGCUGCUCUUCCACUUUAGCAGCUUCAGACAAAGGAAGCAGCUGAAUCAUAGCAUCGGUGCUGCUGAUGUUCAGUGUUAUUCCAAAAAGGAUUUCAUGUCUCAGGACCACGUUCCACUUUUAUCCAAAUGCACUUUUGUUCCUUCCUCGGCCAAACUGCACGUCGUGCAGCUUUUAAAUCCACAGACGUGUUUACAGCACCAGUAACUACUGUGAUGAUCUGUGAUAUUUUACUGAUUUGUUUUUAAGCCUCCUGUGUACUAAUCACUUUCAGUUUUCGUUCAGCAGCGGCCGCGGUGCUCGACCAGACUCCUACUGAAGUGCCUGAAUGAGUUCAAAGAGCUGCUCGGCUCUGCAGCCUUUACCCAAAGUCCUCAAACAUUUAAAGUGAACCUGUGUAAGUUUUGCUGAACUGCGUCGACACAAAUGGGAUUUAUGAGGUAUUUGUGAUUGUGCGUAGUUUCCCUUUAAGCUGUGUUAUCACUGUGCUAGCCGGCACACUGAGGCCAGCAGUAUUCCCACUGCUUGAUAAUGCGCUCUGUUUCCUCUGUGACAGUAGUCGAAGGGGUAGUGAUCCUUAAACUCUGAGUCUCUGAAGUCACUGCUAGUAAAAUAGAUUCCUUCAGCUCAGACAAUCUUCCUCACGCUGCCGCUGACACAUGUGGGCUCCAGAUCCGUGUUUGAAGAGGGGCUGUGCUUGGAUCUGAACCUGCCUCGACAGCCUUCCACUGCGCUCGGAUGAGAUACGUGUUUACUUGUGGACCAAUUAGAUCUACUCUGGUUCUGUAGAUAGGUUUUGUUUGGACACUACACUCCUCCUCAACAAACCACUGACACUACAUUUCUUCAAAUCUUUGUCUUGGAUUUCUGUUCUCCAACUUUUGUGGGAACCAGAAAACUUGAGCAGAACACGCUUUAGUGAAGAAAUGAAAGAUUCAGUGUCUGAAUUGCUUUUGAAAUCUGAUAUAUAUAUAAAAACUUUACAAGAUGUAAACUGAAAUGACAGACAAAAAUAAAAUGUUUUUAUUA